CUGAAGUUUGAGUUUAGAAAGCUUCAUCCUGAAUUUCGUGAACAAUUGGAAGAGUUCAAGCUUCAUCUUCUGGAAGCUGACGAGCUGACUCCCCUAAAAGUAUGGCAGCUUCAAGAUUUAAGUCUUCAGGCAGGACAGAAGGUUGUAUCUACCGCGAAAUCAGAUGCGCUUCGUAUGCUGCAAGAAAUAAGCCAGAAUUUCCCCAUAAUGGCAAGAGCAGAACUUGAAUCAAAUCAAGCGGGUUUGUUUGAAGAACUCGGGCUUGAACCAGGGACCAGCGCGUUGUUUAUUAACGGACUAGUAAUCGACUUGGACAGUCUGGAUAUUUUUCAGCUGUUAGAACUGCUUCGACGUGAGGAACAUCUUUCUGAAGGUUUUUUUCAGCUUGGCUUAAGUUACGUUAACGACCUUGAAACGGGCGCUCCUUACCGUGGAUGGGGCAACAGCGUAAAUUUGAUACUGCAACCUUACUUUCCCAGAAUGAUGCGACCGAUUGCCAGGAACUUCUUCACACUGGUAAUGUGUACCGUUCGGUUGAGCGCGGCAUUGACCGUUUUCAUGGUCGAUCCGGCGUCGGCGGAGAGCAGAACUCUGUUGGAUACUGCCUACUCAUUUUACGAGCAUGAGCUGCCUUUCAAGAUUGGCCUUAUUUUUGUGGUUAACAGCAACGAGUCGUCCAGCGGUUUUGACGAUGCUGGCGUCGCGUUGUUGAACGCGUUCAAUUUCAUUGUCAGCGACCAGGACGCACCAAUGGCGUUGCGUUUCCUAAACAAAGUACUAAGAAACAGAGUAAUAUUCGUAGACGUUGGCACGUCGUUUUCUUGUAGAUACACCACCAGUAUCCUCAUGGUAAUUUUACUGCCGAAGACGUCAUUGCGAUGUUCACCAAACGAUAUUCAGAUGAAGAUUUGGACAUUAUUUUUGGCCAGUCGUCUGAUUAUGACGUCGGCAGGAAGGUAGGU